UGUCACAAAACCUGAUUCAUUACAUGCUUACACCUACACCAUAAUAGAGGUACCUGAGAGGGGUACGAUAUUUCCAGGUUCCUGGCAAGGUAAAAAUGUAUGUGUAUGGACCUCAAAUCUUUCGUUUGAUGACCAAAUAGUAAUAUUUUCCAAAAAGGCAAAGUUUCCGGAUACUACUAUUUUAAGGCGGUUCAUUAAAACUGCAUUGCUGGAUACGAUGAAGAGAGAAAAAGAAAGAAACUCAAGGAAAACUGGAUUCAUAAAUUUGAGAUUGCCGACUAGCUACUGAAACUAAAAUAGUUAUUAAUGCUCUAUCCUUUUCGACAUGAUAAGAAGCGUUUCCCUGACGAUGGUAUGAUACAUUACAGCUUGAUGUAAUGAUUUCACUAUAGACGUCCAAUAUAAACGACUUCCGGAAUAUAAAGCCAACUGCAUGUUAGUUCUGACAUUCCUAUUGUCUUAUUAAAUCAUGGGUACAGAAAUCUAAAUCGAAACCGCGGGCAACAACUAAAGUAUACUUAAAUGAUUUUUGCGCUAACUAAGGCUGAUUAAACAAGGCAUUUAUAUACCGUGAUACCACACGGAGUUGUUUAAUUGUAAUAACCUACAUUUUACAGGUGAAAACCCCUGUUCAAAAUUUAAGCAUUGUAGUUAUUUUCUGGCCAUUAUUAAAGAUAGUAAUUCAAGUCGACUUGGUGAUUUUGAUUCUAAGUAAACAAAAUUUGAAUUCUAAUGCAAUAUCAUAUGCAUGAAGGAUAAGUCGAACAAUGAAUUAUUUAUCUCCAAUAUUAAUCUUCCUGGGGUUAUGUUAUGUAGGGGCACAAGAUUUGCCACUAUUUGGCACACUGACACUCCAAGACAUGCUAGAUCCUGGGGUAAUGCCGUCAACAACCGAAAACAGUCCUGAUGCGCAAUUACCGAUGGUUGGCAAAGCGGGAGAAGAAGAAGUUCCAGUUAUAUAUGACGCUUACUUUGGGAAACCAAUUACAUCGAAAAGACGUAAUUUCUUAGAUGACGUUGCGAACGGGACCAUUCUGUGCACAGUAGCCGUCAAACCCUGUAAUAAGAACGAAGGUCGUCGUGUGGAUGGUACCUGCACGAAUCCUAAGUAUCCCUCCCGAGGAGCUGAGAAGACCCCACUCCCGAGACUGCUGCCAGCGCACUAUGGACCAGGCAAUACUCUAAGACCAGCCCGAGAUGGUUCGGAGCUCCCUUCAGCACGACUUCUCAGGACCUCACUGAUCGGGGACGGGUUCUUCAGAGACCACCAUUUUUCAACCCUCGCCACGCACUUCCAAGUGACUUCCGCUGGGGACAACGUUGAUCUUCUGUAUUUGUUCCGAUACACCUUAGUCAGUGACUGCUGCCUCGGCAACACUCCAAACAGAGUAAACCCAAUAUGUAUCCCGAUUCCUGUACCCGAAAGUGACCCCUACCUCCAGCGGGAAAAUAUCAGGUGCCUUAACCUGACUAGAGUAAUCACAUACCAAGAGGUGGGGUGUCUGCCCAACUCACUGCCAGCUGAAAGAUACUCCGUUGCAACGCCAUUACUGGAUUUAGGCAUAGUAUAUGGGAAUACGGAACUGAGAAGUAGAUCAAUAAGAGCGAAUCAAGGUGGUUUGCUGGCGUUCAGGAUGGAAGGAGAUCGUGAGGUGCCAAAUGGAAACAGUCCUCUUUGCAUACGAAAUUCAGCUAAUGAAACCAGUUGCUACAAUUAUGGUGACGACUUGCAAGGAAACCUCCUCCCUGGAAUGUUCCUAACGACGAUGUGGUUCUUCAGAGAGCACAAUAGGAUUGCGCGUCGUCUGUUCAAGAUCAAUCCUUGUUGGGAUGACGAGAAGCUGUUCCAGACUGCAAGGAAAAUCAAUAUAGCGCAGUGGCAGUAUAUUUUCUACUACGAACUGAUGCCGGAGAUACUUGGUCGUAAAAAUGCCUUGGAAAAAGGCAUAAUAUACCAGACCCACGGCUACGUUAAUGACUUCGAUCCUCACCAAGAGCCAGGAGUGAUACGGGAGUACAUUGUCGGCACCCGGUGGUUCCACACGUACCAACCUGGACCACUUGAUAUGUACAGCAAAGGCGAGUAUCAGGGCAGCAUAUCAGCACCAUUACUCAAUUUAAGGAGUGGAUACCUCGCCAACAACAACAGCGAGGCACAGCUCACAGAAGGGUGCUAUGUACAGCCAGCUGACAACUUUCCUGACUACGUCCUAGCUCCUGAUUUGGUGGAACGAGUAAUACCCUUGCUGUUAGCUUCCGACGUCACCGCAACUGACUUCAUGAGAGGCCGUGACGCUGGUUUCCCUCCUUAUAAUGAUUACCGAAAGUUCUGUGGAAUGAAGCCCGCCAAGAAAUGGGAAGACCUCUACGAUACUAUUGACAAAGACAAAGUAGAAAUACUGAGUCGUAUUUACGAUGAAGUUGACGACUUGGAGCUGAUGGUAGCCAUCUACGUGGAGCGGUUCAUGCCUGGCGCCUUCUUGGGGCCCACGCUCUACUGUAUCAUGGUACACAACUUGCUGCUCUGGAGACAGUCGGACAAGUUCUUCUUUGAACAUGGAGGCUUCCCAGCCGCCUUAACAAUCCCCCAACUUAACGAGAUUCGGCAGACCAGUAUAGCACGCGUACUAUGCGACAGUGGAGAUGACGUCAAGUAUAUCCAGCCGGCGGCCUUCUUCAGACAAGGACCUUGGAACCCGCCAAUACCCUGUCAAGAAAUCAAGGGAAUAAACCUGAAUAAAUGGAAAGACAGCUCGUGUUCAAAAAAGAAGUAGAAAAACUUACUGAAAUAUUCAUGCAUACUCCUGAAGUGUCAAAAACUUUCUAUCAUACAUAGGCAAUCAGUGUGGUUGCCUUUUUUAAACUAUUUACUUCUUAUGCUUCACGAGCAUGUGAUCUCCAGCAGUCUUCGGCGACUUGAAAUAUUAAAACAA